ACCACCAGCAUAGUCAGUCACUUUGCUGCCAGUUGGUGUCCGUCCCCGACGUUCUCGUUAUUUGGCCUCUAAGCAGAGCAACUAGCUAAAUCCAUCCUGGCUAUGCUGAAAUCAGUCAGUCUUCAGGAUCCCUGAACGCGGUGCGGUGUGCAGUUUUUUUCAAUCCGAGGAUAACGAGUGAAGUGAGACCGACCACAUUGCAACCACAACUCGACAAAUAUUAUCAGCUCUGAUUGAGCGAGCUCGUGGCAUAAGUGAGUGCAGUGAUUAUAUUGCAUCAGAAAUACUACGACAAGUGGGUGAAGUGUCGUGCUUGUUUUCCGUUUGGAUAAAUAAAAAAAAAAUAUUCUACAAAUCUCCUCCUUAGUGCUCCGAAGAAGGAACAAUCCUAGAGAGAAGAGGAAGACCGAAUAACGAGGAGUCUACCAAGCUCAUGUGAAACACAGUUUCUCCCGCGUAGAGUUUCUCUCCCCCCUUCAGUUCUGCUCAGUGUGUACAAUCAAGGGCAGCCGAAGUGAGGAGACUCUACUCAGCUAGUGUUGUUGUACUUGAGCUGAAGUAACUGAAAUGUCAAAUUACCCCAAAGGAUCCAACGCGGUCACUAGUGUUCCAUCAACAGUGCAUUUUCAAACCAAUGUCCUUCCCUCUUCGAUUCCAUCGCUCGGUCCUCAACCUAUGAAUACCAUGCAGCAACCAGGACAGCAACAACAGCAACAGCAGCAGCAACAACAGCAGCCCGGUGCCAUGUCACAUGGCAUGGGUGGAGCCCCUGGGCAACCCCAACAAAUCAUGUCCACUGGUCAGGCUAUGACGCAGGUGGGUCAGCCUAUGCAACCCGGUCAGUAUCAGAUCGUUCAACAACCCUAUGGAGCUCCCAAUGGCAGUGGUUCCUUCACGCUUCAACCCUUUGCCACCUACAACCAGCAAGGGCAGCUGGUUUUGCAACAAGGUGGGUUUGCCUUGCAAGCUGGGAUGCAGAUGGCUCAACAACCGGGGCAACAGCAAAUCAUCCUGACCAACAUGGCUCAAAAGCCUGGCCAGGGGCACCAGAUGAUAGCUGCCUCUCCUAUGCAACAAAAUGCCACAAGCAAGGCCAUGACUGCGGGCAGCCAAGCUUAUACCAUCACCAGUGGUGGGUUGGUAUCGGCCUCUGGAGCCUCCGGGCCUCAAACCUAUAUGAUUGCUAAUCAAAUGGCGCUAGCUGGACACCAGUCAAGCGCCCCCACUUCUGUUUCAUCCGUUUCUUCUCAAAUGAAGCCAGGCGAUCACAAGGGUCUCAAUGCCAUCUCUGGCGCGCAAUUGCCUCAGCACCCUAAUUUGCCCCAUCCCCAAGGCAAUGGGCCCUCGCAGCCCUUGGUGUUGCCCCCUGGGAUGGCCUACAUGAAUCAACCCCAGGGACAGGCCAUCUUUCAGAAUGGACAAUUCAUUUUUCGAUCUCCUGCCACUCAAGAUCACGCAAGUGGACAAACGCUCAUGUUCUCCCCUUCCGCUCAGCCCAUGGGUCAGCCGAUGUCCGGGGGCCCACAGCAACUAGCCACCAGUAUGGCUCCAAGUAUGUCACUCAUGCCCAUGUCUACCCCUAUUCGACCCCCUGUAAGUUUACCUCAACAGCCUCCUCCUGGCAAGACUCCCAUUUCCCGAAGCCUGGCUCCGUUAUUGCCCACUGGUUCCAACACCAGCCGACCCGGACUUCUAAGCACCUCUAGCAAUCUACCAGGCUUUGCUCCCCAAAGUAGUCCCAAAAGCAAGACUAAGAUGUCGCCCAAGGGUCCCCUAGGCCGCCCUAGCGGUCCAUCCAAGUCUUCUUUGAAUACCUUCAAGGCCCCUCCAUCAACGACCAUGUCUCCACCUCGAUUGCCCUGCUCGCCCGUUCCCAACACCUCCAGACAAAGUGGUCCCCCAGUUCUCCAAACGUCUCAGGGCCUCCCUGUGACACCAGCCACCAACUCCAGCUUUUACAGCCAGCCACCCAAACUUCAGCCCAUGUUGCCCACCCCCACAACCUUGGCUUCGGGAAUGGAGAGUGGUGCCAAGACAAGCUCCACGACAAAUCUGGCCUCUAAUUUGGGAUCCCCGAAAGACGACGCCAAGUCGAAGACUGAACAAACCUUAAGCAAUCAGGAGGACUCCAAGGCUCUGGAAUCUGACUCGGCUACUCCCAAGGCCAUUGUGAAGCCGAAUAUUCUCUCUCAUCACAUUGAUGGUCAUCACAUCCUGGAAUCGUCUGAACCAUUUCCCGUUGACAAAGAGGAUAAAGGUGUGGCUGCAAGAAGUCGGAAAAAGGCGGACAAACCCUUUACAUCCGUAUCAUCAUCCAAUGGCAGCACCAGUUCAACAACAACAAUGUCUUCUUCAUUUUCGGGCAGCCUUCCUUCGAUCAAAAACAAUUUGUCCUCUUCAAAUUCCGCCUCAAGCAAUAUCAGUGUGAACAAAAAGGCUAGCGAGGGUAAUGCGACUGAGAAGAAACGCGGACCUGGAAGACCUCCAGGAUCCACGCGUCAAAGCAUCGAACAACAAAGACUCAACGCCGACAAAGCUCGAAGCGAGGCUGGCGCACCUCCGGGAAAGAAGUCUAAAAUAGACAGUGUCCCUGCCUCAACUGAUCCUGCAGACUUGAAGGCCAAGAACAAAAUCGACGUGGAAGCUCUCCUCAAAGGCACCAAUCCGUUGAAAUGGAGUGUGCAACAAGUGUGCGACUUUGUCAAAGAUUUGCCCGGAUGUUCUGAUUAUGUUGAAGACUUCCUGCUCCAGGAGAUCGACGGCCAAGCCCUUAUGUUGUUGAAGGCCGACCAUCUGAUGUCGGCCAUGGCCAUCAAAUUAGGGCCAGCCCUGAAGAUCUGCUCGGCUAUCGAUGCUAUGCGAGAAGAGCUCAAACAAAACUGACGGCGGGCACACAAGAAACGGAUCCUCUUUAAACUUGGGCAGACCUUGAUCACAGACUUUGAUCUCAUUGAGGAGGAAAACAACAACAACAACAAUAAUAACAAAAACAAAAAAAGUAAUCAGAACUCAAACUUCAAUGAAACGAAGCUAGGCGUUAACGCUACUGAUGACGACUUUGAAGAUAACUUGUCAGACUUGGAAGAGAGCAAGCUUUUCGAAGAGCUUGCCUCCCAGGCCUCCUCCACGGCAGCCUCUUUCGAAGAAGAGGAUGAUGAUGAUGACGACGAUACCAAUGACGCGGAUUAAGAAGUCGGAUCUGUUUCUUGUGGCCAACGAGAAUUCGUGUGAAAAGUAUGGACGAACCUGGUUCACUUGUGCUAGUAGAGUGCGUGUCUAUAAGUAUCCCGUUUGUGUAAAAGUAUAAUGAAGAAUAAGUUUGCCGUCUGUUAUGCUUGCCCAGGUUUCUUCGGAGACGGGCUCAUGUGUUUUGUAUAGCAUUUACUUACCAUUCACUCCUACAUACAAACCCAUAUAUCAGUCAAUAUAAAUGUUUACUCUAAUGUCUAG